AUGAAAAACUUAUUAUAAAAUAAAAACUUAAAAAAAUAAAAAACCAAAGAAAAUGUACAAGAAAUCGAAGAUACUCACAUUUCAGACAUGUUGAAAUAAGUAGAUUCAAAAUUUUCAGUUUUUAAUCGAAAAUCUUAACGAAAAAUAAAAAAAGAACAAAAAAAAUAAUAAAAACAGGAUUUUUUUUCUCGCAAAAAACAAAAUAAAAACAUUAAUAAAUAAUAAAAGGCCAAAGAAAGCAAUUAAAUUUAAGAAAAAACUGAAUAAUAACAACAUUAAAAAAGUGUACAAAGAAAAACAGAAUAAAUAUAAAAUAAAAAAAAAGAAUAAAACUCCGAUUUAUAAAGACUUUAAAAUUAAAUAUAAUAAGAUGAUGAAGAAAUAAAAUACUAUGAAAAAUUAUUAGGGAAAGGCCGUUCCAAAACAUUAGAUAAAAGAGUAAAAAGAGAAUUAAAAUAAGAUGGAUGGACUGAUGAUUUUAUGGAUUUUUUAGAUAAUAUUUCUGUUGCAGUUAAAAAAAAUGUGAAUGAAUAUUAACCUUUUUUUAAAGAUGAAGAAGGACUAGAAAAUGAAGAAGUUGAAGAAGAAGAAGAAUUAUACGAUGAAGAAGAAGAAGAAUUAGAUUACGAAGAAGAAGAUGAAUUAGACGAUGAAGAAGAAGAAGAAGAAGAAGAAGAAAAUCAAUAAUAAUUAGAUGAAAAAUAAGAACAAGAAGUAGAUUAAGAAAAAGAAGAAGAAGAAGAAGAAAUAGAGGAUGAAGAAGAAGAAAUAGAAGAUGAAGAAGAAGAAAUAGAAGAUGAAGAAGAAGAAGAAGAAGAAAUAGAGCAUGAAGAAGAAAUAGACUAUGAAGAAGAAAUAGAUGAUGAAGAAGAAGAGAUAGAUUAGGAAGAAGAAAAUGAAAUAAAAAACAACAAUGAUAAAAAAGAAAAAUAAAUAAAAUCAAUUUUAAAAAAAGAUACAAACUUUUAAAACAAAUAAACAUAAAACACAAAAGAAAAACAAGAACUAGAUAACUAAAGAUAAGAAAAACAAGAAUAAUAUGAAAAGCAGGAUAUUGAAAAAAAGAAAGAAAUCCGUUUAUCGUUAGUAAAAAAUUUCAAUAAAAUUUCAGAAACUAAUAUAGACAUAAUAUUUUAAGAAAUAGUUAUUCUAUUUGAAAAAUAUCCUAAAAAUCUUAUAAAUCCAAUAUUUUCAGAUAUAUUUCUCUCUACUACAAUUUUUCCAGUAAAAGUAUUACCUUAUAUUCUUGCUUGUAAUUCAGUUGUAGUUUCCGGUAUCCACUAAAUUUUUGACAAUGAGAAUUUCGCUCCCAUAAUGAAAUCCUUAUUAAUUGAAUAUGAGAAAAUAAUAAACUAAAAAUAACUUUUUGAAUAAGAAGGAAAUAAAUACGAAGAAGAACUAUUAUUUAACAAAUUGAGAAACAUAACCAUAAUUUUUCUUAUUUUUACUUAUUCGAUAGUCUCAGUGUUUCUUUCAUUCGAGGAUUUUACGAUAAUUUACUCCUAAAUAUAAACGAAAGGACAAUAGAAGCUCUUUUAUUACUUACUUAGCAUAUAGGCUAGAAAAUAAGGAAUGAUAAUCCUAUUAUAAUAAAGUAAAUUAUAGACCAGACGAGAGUUAGUGUAGAAAAAUACUAAAAAAAAUCAAAAAAAAUUGAAUUUAUAAUGCUUACAUUAAAUGAUAUUCGUUUAAAUAAAAAAUUAAAGUCAGAUCCUUUAUAAAGACUAGAAUUUUUUAUUAAUUGGCUGA